AUGCAGGAGAUCCUGUAUAAGGAGGACACCCUCCACUCAGAGGUGCAGAGUCAGCAGUUGAGGCGGUUCCGCUGCAAGGAGGCCAAAGGACCCCGAGAGGUUUGCAGCCGGUUCUACCACCUUGACCGUCAGUGGCUGAAGCCGGAAAGGCACACAAAAGCUGAGAUGCUGGACCUGGAAAGGGACCUGUCUGCAGAAAUGGGUCCUGAUUCAUCUGAGGCAGAGAUGACUUUGCUGGACACCAGAGAGAGGCCGCUGGGUGGUGAUGAAUUAGAAAUUAAGAACAAGGGACAACACAACAAAAUCCACACAGUGGAGAAGCCAUAUCAAGAUUUGGAGUGUGGAGAGAACUUACGUCAGAGCUCCCAUCAAAGAAAUCCUAUUGGGAAGAAACCCUAUCCGUGCUUGGAGUGUGGAAAGAGCUUCAGUCGGAAGGAUAGUCUCACUUCCCAUCAAAGAAUUCAUACAGGGGAGAAACUAUAUCAGUGCUUGGAAUGUGAGAAGUUUUUUACUACAAGAAGAGACUUCCUUCGACAUAAGAGCAUUCACAGUGGGGAGAAACCCUAUCAGUGCUUGGAAUGUGGGAAGAGCUUCAAUCACAGCUCAAUUCUCAAAGCCCAUAAAAGAAUUCAUACUGGGGAGAAGCCCUAUUACUGCUUGGAAUGUGGAAAAAGCUUCAGUCAGAGCUCCGGUCUCGCUUCUCAUCUAAUAAUUCAUACAGGGGAGAAACGAUAUAAGUGCUUGGAGUGUGGAAAGAGCUUCAGUCGGAAGGAUAGUCUCACUUCCCAUCAAAGAAUUCAUACAGGGGAGAAACUAUAUCAGUGCUUGGAAUGUGAGAAGUUUUUUACUACAAGAAGAGACUUCCUUCGACAUAAGAGAAUUCACAGUGGGGAGAAACCCUAUCAGUGCUUGGAAUGUGGGAAGAGCUUCAAUCACAGCCCAAUUCUCAAAGCCCAUAAAAGAAUUCAUACUGGGGAGAAGCCCUAUCACUGCUUGGAAUGUGGAAAAAGCUUCAGUCAUCGCUCCGGUCUCACUUCUCAUCUAACAAUUCAUACAGGGGAGAAACCAUAUAAGUGCUUGGAGUGUGGAAAGAGCUUCAGUCGGAAGGACAGUCUCACUUCCCAUCAAAGAAUUCAUACAGGGGAGAAACUAUAUCAGUGCUUGGAAUGUGAGAAGUUUUUUACUACAAGAAGAGACUUCCUUCGACAUAAGAGAAUUCACAGUGGGGAGAAACCAUAUCAAUGCUUGGAAUGUGGGAAGAGCUUCAGUCAGAGUUCUGCCCUCACUUCCCAUCAAAGAAUUCAUACAGGGCAGAAACCAUAUCAGUGCUUGGAAUGUGGGAAGAGCUUCAGUCAGAGGGCCAAUGUCACUUCCCAUCAAAGAAUUCAUACUGGGGAGAAGCCCUAUCAAUGCUUUGAGUGCGGAAAGAGUUUCACUUGGAAUAGUAGUCUUACUUCCCAUCAAAGAAUUCAUACAGGGGAGAAACUAUAUAAAUGCUUGGAAUGUGAGAAGAGCUUCAUUCGGAAGAAUAGUCUCACUUCCCACCAAAGAAUUCAUACUGGGAAUAAACCCUAUCAGUGCUUGGCUUGUGGAAAGAGCUUCAGUAGAAAGGACAAUCUCACUUGCCAUCAAAGAAUUCAUACAGGGCAGAAACCAUACCAGUGCUUGGAUUGUGGAAAGAGCUUCAGUAGAAAGGACAAUCUCACUUGCCAUCAAAGAAUUCAUACAGGGUUGAAACCAUAUCAGUGCUUGGAUUGUGGAAAGAGCUUCAGUCAGGGCUCCUCUCUCACUUCCCAUCAAACAAUUCAUACAGGGCAGAAACCCUAUCAGUGCUUGCAUUGUGGAAAGAGCUUCGACAGGAAGGACCGUCUCACUUCCCAUCAAAGAAUUCAUACAGGAGAGAAACCCUAUCAGUGCUUGAAAUGUGAAAAGAGCUUCAGUUGCAGCUCCUAUCUCACUUCCCAUCAAACAAUUCAUACAGGGCAGAAACCCUAUCAGUGCUUGCAAUGUGCAAAGAGCUUCGACAGGAAGGACCGUCUCACUUCCCAUCAAAGAACUCAUACAGGAGAGAAGCCCUAUCAAUGCUUGAAAUGUGGAAAGAGCUUCAGUUCCAGCUCCAGUCUCACUUCCCAUCUAAUAAUCCAUACAAGGCAGAAACCCUAUCAGUGUUUAGAAUGUGGAAACAGCUUCAGUCGGAAUAUUGAUCUCACUUCCCAUCAAAGAAUUCAUACAGGGGAGAAACCAUAUCACUGUUCGGAAUGUGGAAAGAGCUUCAGUUGGAAGAUAUAUUUGUCUUACCAUCAAAGAAUUCAUAGAGGGGAGAAACCCUAAGAAUGCUUGGAAUGUGGAAAGAGCUUCACCCACAAGAAAACUCUCUAUUCCCACAGAAUAAUUCAUACAGGGCAGAAACUUAGAAUGCAUGAUGGGCAUUACUGCAAGGAAAGCGCUCCUGUGGCAUCAGAGAAUUCUCAAUGGGGGGGGAACUAUUUCAAUGCCAAGAGUAUGGAAAAAGCUUCACCUUGAAGCAAACACUCACUUCCCAUCAAAGAAUUCAUAUGAUGGAGAAACCCGGACAGUGCUUGAAAUGUAGAAAGAGCUUCACCUGGAAUAAAAGUUUCACUUCCCAUCAAAUAACUUGCAACGGGGAAUAUAAUAGAAUUAUAGAUUCUAGUGUUGGAGGGGAUGCAGAGGGUCAUCUAAUCCAACUCCCUGGCAGUGUUGUGAGGUAGUGCCUGGUCCUCAAGGUCGCUCAGUGAUCUUCAUGGCUAAGAAGGGAUUUUAGUAGGAGUAGUAGGAGAGUAGUUGUUGCCUCUAACAAAGGAAUUAAUGUAAUAAUAGUAAGUACAGUAUUAGAAUAGAUUGAAGGUAAUGUUAGCUGCUAGGGAGGGGGAUGGCCAGUUUGGGAUGCUGGGGGUGAUUCAUGAUUGGUGGAGAAUUUGAAAGAAUGACCUUAGACUGAUUUAACAUUCAAUUUCCUUUUAAAUGCAGUUAUGGGAGGUGGGUUAUUUGUUUGCUUCAUUUUUUCUGGUUUUUAUUCUGUAUUCUGUGUUUUAUUUUGUAUUUUAAUGCUGGAAACCGUCCUGAGAUUUUCAGUUGAAAGCAGUAUAGCAGAUUAAUAGAUCGUAUAAAAGAAAGUAAUCAUAAACAAGAAAUGAAACAUCAAAAAAUACACAACCAAACCCAGCAAUUUCCACACAAAUCACAGCAACGACUAAAAACAGAUACAAACUACCCCAGCUGCACAUCCAGUGGUCAGAUGGGAAAAGGCCUGCAAGGCAGGGAGCAGGUCUUCCAGGACUCAAAGCAGCCAAGAUGGUCUCUGGCCUCUUCAGGAGAGACCCUUGGAGGUUGGAGAGCGAGAGGGAAUUGUCAACCAGGGUUGGUUGGAUCGGGAGGAGAAGAGAGGAACAGCAUAAGAAUGGCUAUUGUUACAGUAGUAAUAAAGAAACAAAAAAAGGAACAGGAACACUUGAAAUUAUAUGUACACAAACUUAGCCUCAACUUGUUUAUUUCUAAUAAAUCAGUUGUAUUCCACCAAAUGCCUCAUUCUUUGCUACGUUUUUUUCUUUUUUUAAAUCGAACUGCUGUUAAGCAAUGGCUGAAUCUGCAAAGUAACUGCUAGGCCGGUGAUGGCGAACCUAUGACACGCGUGUCAGCACUGACACGCGGUAGCCAUUUCAGUGACACGCGGCACGUGGCGGGAUCUUCGACCUUACACUUCUA